GCGGCGGCGGACGGGGCAGGGCAGGGCCGGAGCCGCGGAGCGGCGGCAGCGCCAUGGGGUUGGAGACGGAGAAGGUGGACACCCGCAUCUUCAUGGACGACGACAACUUCCCGCGGAGCGGCGGGCCCGUGCUCUCGGAGGCGGAGAAGUGCGCGGAGGACGAGCUGGACCGCGACCCCCACGGGAUGAACGCCCACCUUCAGCUGGGGUUCGAGGAUGUGAUCGCGGAGCCCGAGCUCACCCACUCCUUCGACAGAGUCUGGAUCUGCAGCCACGCUCUGUUUGAGCUCAGCAAGUACGUGAUCUACAAACUCCUGACGCUGGUCCUUGCCAUACCCCUGGCCCUGGUCGUGGGGAUCAUCUUCGCGGCGCUCAGCUGCCUGCACAUCUGGAUUGUGGUGCCUUUUGUGAAAACCUGUCUCAUGGUCUUGCCUUCAGUGCAAACUGUAUGGAAGAGCCUGACAGAUGUUUUUGCUGUACCGUUCUUCCAGAGCCUAGGCCGAUGCUUUGCCAUGGUUAAUAUACGCCUGGACCAAGAGUAAACAUCGGGGAUGUGACAUUGCAGUAGUCAGGGCUGGUGUUAUACUUCUUUGCUAACCUAACAUACAGGCACUUACCCUUCAUUCCAAACUGUUAAUUACAAUGGCUGGUUUAAGUGGGAACAUGCUAUUUUUAUUAAAACUCAUUUUUUAUCAGGGAGAUCCAUUUAAGAAUAAGUAGACAGUUUUCAUAGCUUGCUGUUUUAACAACAGUGGUUGCAGAGUAUAUUGGCAACACUUUAUUUUAAUGGUACAUUGAUUGCUAGAUUACAGGAGAAUUCUCAUGGAGGUUUAACAGCCACCACAGUGAUAAUGAUUGGCAUUAUUACUAUAAAUACUUCAAUGAAUAGGCUGUCAUACCUUAGACAAAACUGAUCUCUAGGGUUUCACAUUGACUUUACUGAAGUUCCUCCAGGGAUCGUUUUUGGCUUCACUGUGCAAAAUGAUAAACACAGUCCUCUGUUAUCAGCAGUUAAAGUGAAUGUGACUCAUUGCAUAAACAUACAGGGAAAGGAACUGUUGUGUAAUUCUCCUAUAUUGAAGGUGAGGGGGAAGCUCCCUAGAAGUUUAUCAUUUAAAAUAAGGUGUUAGCUAAUGAUUUGUAACAUCAGCUAAUCUGUAUAUUUGAUUUAAUGAGAGGUUAACUUUGCUGUAUAUUUUGUACCUUUGUAAAUUACAUUUGAUUGGUUUUCUUUGAUGCAUUAUUUCUCUAGUAUUUGAAUUCUAACCAACUUGUUAAGCAGCAAGAGUGAGAUGCUGCAAAAAAUAACUUUAGAUUAAACUAACUUAAUUAGAUAACUUAAGUAAAUUUUGUGCAAUUCUGUGCAAUUCUAGUAUAUGAAUUAUAAAUGAUUGCAUGUAAAAGCAAAAAUUAUAAGUGUUUUCAUACACAACUGUGCAAAAGAGCUGGAAAUAUCUGUUUAUGAGAAAUGGUUUUUAUUAAAAUGGGGUAUAGUAAAUGCAACCCUGCCUGUUUCUGUAUAUUAUUGGUGUGAACACUGUGAUAUUUAAAGCGAUAGACACUAUGUUAGUACUUUAAGUAGGUAGCAAGCUCUUAAAGAAGGCAAGUGAAUGUAACUGGUAUCCUUGUCUAAUUCUCCUAACCUAUUGACUUGUCUCUCUGUUGCUUAUUUAUUACUUCAAAGCCUAACUCCCCCCAAAAAGCCUUUCUUUCUUCUGCACCUAGGCAGAAUAUGACAUUUUAAAUCAGAAUAACAGAACGUAUGCAGAGGUACCUUAAAAUUACAUUAGCCUUCUGAUGGGCUUAUGCUGCUGUUUCCUUUAAAUACAGAUGGUAAGUUGCAAUUGUAAAAUGUUUGUAUGAUUUAGAAUGCUAUUUUCUAAAAUGAUGUCUCAAAUUUCUUAUCAAACACAAGAUAUAUAAAUAAAACAUCAACCAUUUCCCUU